CCUUCUAGAGACUUCUCACAUCGGAGCAAUGUCAUGGGAUGAUAUUUACUGUGAAUAGGAAGUCCCACGCCCCCCGGGUUAUAACUCCUCUGCAGGAUGGCCGGGGGCUUGAAGAUGACACACUCUGGCUUCUGCAGACCCUAAUGCUGGACGGGAUAGGUGCCGGCAGUGCCUGUACUGAGAGACUUCAAAGAGCCUCUCUAUAUCCGUUCCGCACAAGGAUCCUGGGCCCCUUGCUCGGACUCCUGGCCUCAAGUGAUCUUCCUGUCUCAGCCUCCCAAAGCACUAGGGUUACUGGUGUGAGCCACCGUGCCUGGCCGAUGCUGGGUUCUUCUCCUCGCCUCCCCUCAGGUGGUGAGGACUCCAUCAGCACCUUGGGCCUGAUCCUUGGCGUGGGGCUGUUGCUGCUGCUCGUGUCCAUCCUCGGCUAUAGCCUGGCCAAGUGGUGCCAGCGUGGGUACUGCUGGGAGGGGCCUAAUUUUGUCUUCAACUUAUACCAAAUCCGGAACCUGAAGGAUCUAGAGAUGGGUCCGCCCUUCACCAUUAGUGGUCACAUCAGCAGCUCAGAUGGUGGCUACAUGAAGUUCUCCAACAGGCUAGUCUGAUGCAGAGGCAGCAGCUUGUGGAGCCCUGGGGAGAGGAGUUGGAGUUGGGAGAGCUGCCGAGUGAGCCUGAUGUCCAAGUAAGGUGUUAAGACCGUCCAGGCACCCAAGCCUCGCACCAAGGACCAUUUGGAACCCAAAGAGAUUAUCUGGUUCAUCCCCUGUCUUCUGGUGCUGAUCUCAGGCUUGGGGGCAUGUUUUCCCCCCGCUUCUGGCACUAGGCCUGCCCUGUUUCCUCCUGUCCACCCAAUCCAUGCCCAGCCUUUCCUUCCUGGGAAGGUUCUGUUUGUAUUCAAGGUGGAAGCUUCUAGAGCAGAGCUUUUUAUCUCAGCUCUUGCUCUGAGAUGAAAUUUCCAGACGGCCAAUAUCUCCAAGAAGCAUCACUUCGGUUCUGAGCUUUCCACGCCCAGGAGCCUCCCCUGCUUCAUGGCCCACCAACACUUUGGCCACACCUUCCCUCGACUGCCUUCAAGUCAA